CCCGAACAGCGGAACGCAAGGUCGGCUGGACGUGAAGACUCCCUAGUCAGGGCCCGCGCUUAGGCUCCUGGGAUUUGUAGUUCGCGGAGGAAGACGCCGGUUUCGGGGGUCGGGACCAUGGCGGUGACCAAGGAGUUGUUGCAAAUGGAUCUGUACGCGCUUCUGGGAAUCGGAGAGAAGGCAGCAGACAAGGAGGUAAAGAAGGCAUACCGACAAAAGGCCCUCACUUGCCAUCCAGACAAAAAUCCAGAUAAUCCCCAAGCAGCUGAGCUCUUCCACCAGCUUUCUCAGGCUUUGGAGGUUCUGACAGAUGCUGCAGCCCGGGCAGCGUAUGACAAGGUCAGGAAAGCCAGGAAGCAGGCCGCCGAAAGGACUCAGAAACUUGAUGAGAGAAGAAAGAAAGUAAAGCUCGAUCUUGAGGCCCGGGAGAGACAAGCCCAGGCCCAAGGGAGUGAGGUAGAGGAGGACAGUCGAAGUACCAGGACAUUAGAACAAGAGAUUGCACGCCUACGAGAAGAAGGCUCCCGGCAGCUGGAAGAACAGCAGAGGCUGAUCCAGGAGCAGAUACGCCAAGAUCGGGAACAGAGAUUAAGAGGAAAGACAGAAAAUCUUGAAGGCAAAGGAACUCCCAAACUGAAGCUAAAAUGGAAGUGUAAAAAAGAGGAUGAGACCAAAGGCGGUUACUCUAAGGAUGUCCUCCUGAGGAUUCUACAGAAGUAUGGUGAAGUGCUCAACCUGGUCAUCUCCAGUAAGAAGACAGGGAGUGCUGUGGUAGAGUUUGCUUCUGUCAAGGCUGCGGUAUUGGCCGUCAAGAAUGAAGUGGGUCUCGUCAGCAACCCUCUGAAGAUCUCCUGGCUGGAGGGUCAGCCACAAGGAACAGUGAGCAGUGAUGGCACGAGCCACUCAGGACUAUCACAGGGCUCCGUGCUGUCAGAGAGGGACUACGAGAGCCUGGUCAUGAUGCGCAUGCGUCAGGCAGCGGAGCGGCAGCAGCUGAUCGAGCAGAUGCAGAGGGAGGACGAGGAGGCCGUGCCCACAUAGCCCCCAGAACCCAGCCCCUCUUCCCUUCUUCAUCCCUCCUCCCUUUUCUUAAAUUAAUACCUACAAUAAAUUUUUUUAGAAAGUGACCGAUUGUGCUAAACAUUAGUGACCGUCAAGAAGGUGGCAUGACCCAGAACCUCUCCCACACAGGCCUCCAUCUAUGCUGGAGGCUCAAAGGAGAGAGCCCCAGUCCCAUGAAAGAGAGAGAGGCCUAGGCGGGGCAGGAAGACAACUCUGUAGUUCUUUAUUGUCUGGGACUAAAUUACAGUGUGGCCCGGGGACAUCUUCACACUGGGUAGUUUCUUGGCUGGGCCCCCCAGCUGGGCAAGCUCUCUUCUCCCUCUAGGAAGUUUCCUGCUGGCUGUAUCAGGGCCUGCACAGUGCCUCUGUGUCAGGGAUGAAGCAGGCAGGGCAGUGGGAAGGGGGCUUCGAAGCACUCCCCGCCCCAGCAGAUGGGACCCCAACCACCGACUGCAGCAGGUUGCCAUGAAGGCUGUAGGUGCUAGUUAGGGGGACAUGACAGGUGAAGGAGGGAGGCUGUCCUGAUCAAGGGGCUGGGAGGAGGGGGCAGCUGGUACACAGAGACCUCUUCAGAAAGAGGCAGAA